AGGGUGAAACCCUUUUUAUUUCCUUUGCGUCCUUUCUUUCGGCAGACAUCCAAAGGCAAAAUCCGAAGUCGUACGCCCCUUCUCAUCAGUCUGCCUCCUUCGGCUUCCCGCGCUCUCUCUCCCUCUCAGACAUUCCCACGAACACUUUUCGGCUCGGUUGUCGUCUUCCAACUGCCAAGACGCCAGUACUUACACACGCAGGGAGAGAGAGAGAGAGAGAGAGGGAGGGGGGGAAAGAAGGAAGAUGAAGUACGUGCUGGUGUCUGGAGGAGUGGUGAGCGGGCUCGGCAAAGGCGUGACCGCCAGCAGUAUCGGGGUUGUCCUCCAAGCCUGUGGCCUCCGCGUCACCUCCAUCAAAAUAGAUCCAUACUUGAACACAGAUGCUGGUACGAUGUCUCCAUUUGAACAUGGGGAGGUUUUUGUUCUCGAUGAUGGUGGAGAGGUCGAUUUAGACUUGGGAAACUAUGAGAGGUUCCUUGAUGUGACCCUUACAAAGGAUAACAACAUCACUACGGGGAAGAUAUAUCAGUCGGUCCUUGAGAAGGAAAGAAAGGGUGACUACCUGGGAAAGACGGUUCAGGUUGUUCCACACGUUACCGAUGCAAUUAAGAAUUGGAUACAGUCAGUCUCCCUUAUCCCUGUGGAUGGAAAAGAGGGACCAGCAGAUGUUUGUGUUAUAGAGCUGGGAGGGACUGUUGGUGACAUUGAGUCCAUGCCAUUCAUUGAGGCCUUGAGGCAGUUGUCCUUUUCAGUUGGCCCUGAUAACUUCUGCCUGAUUCAUGUUAGCUUGAUACCCGUUCUUGGUGUUGUGGGAGAGCAAAAAACAAAGCCUACACAACAUAGUGUCCGGGAAUUGAGGGCAUUAGGAUUGACUCCUCAUUUACUAGCAUGUCGCUCUGCACAGCCAUUAUUGGAUAAUACUAAGGAGAAGCUUUCCCAGUUUUGCCAUGUUCCGCUUGAUAAUAUUCUCAAUAUCCAUGAUGUCCCAAACAUCUGGCACGUUCCUCUGUUACUUCGGAACCAAAAUGGUCAUCAUUCCAUUCUAAAACAACUCAACUUGCUUAGCAAAAUUGCACCUCCUGAUCUACGGGACUGGACCAAGAUGGCUGAGACUUUUGAUAAUCUUACCACUUCGGUAAGGAUUGCGAUGGUUGGGAAAUAUGUUGGGCUGACAGAUUCGUAUCUUUCUGUUGUGAAGGCCCUUUUACAUGCCUGCAUUGCAUGUUCUCUGAAACCAGCAAUUGAUUGGAUUGCAGCUUCUGAUCUCGAAGAUGAAAGUGCAAUAGCGAAUCCAGGAGCACAUGCUGCUGCAUGGAAGAGUCUGAAGAAUGCUUCAUGUGUCAUUGUUCCUGGUGGAUUUGGAGAUCGUGGUGUGGGAGGAAUGAUACUGGCUGCAAAGUAUGCCAGAGAGAAUAAUGUUCCUUAUCUUGGGAUUUGUUUGGGCAUGCAGAUUUCAGUUAUAGAAUAUGCUCGAUCUGUUUUGGGUUUGGAUAAGGCAAAUAGCAAUGAAUUUGAUCCGGCCACGCCAAACCCAGUUGUGAUUUUCAUGCCAGAGGGCUCAAGAACUCACAUGGGAAGCACCAUGAGACUGGGAUCUCGAAGAACAUUGUUCCAGACGCACGAUUGUGUAUCUUCCAAAUUGUAUCGUAAUUCAGAAUACGUGGAUGAAAGGCAUCGGCAUAGAUAUGAGGUAAAUCCCGAGAUGAUUGGAAUCCUAGAAGAAGCUGGACUUCAAUUUGUAGGGAGGGAUGAGACUGGUAGACGAAUGGAGAUUUUGGAGCUUCCAGGCCAUCCAUAUUAUGUGGGCGUGCAAUUUCACCCUGAAUUUAAAUCACGACCGGGCAGGCCCUCAGCUCUAUUUCUUGGUCUUAUCCUGGCUGCUACUGGGCAACUGGAAGCAUAUCUAGGUCAUUACCAGAAUGGGAUUUGAUUCAUGCCUUUGUUCCUUUUCGUUCGUUGACUGCAACUAAUAUGAGCAGUGCGUAGUUGGGAUUUGCUCGGUUGGUUUCUGAAGUGGCCUCCACUCACCAAAUCUCUGCGAAAGGCUCGGGAACCGUGAAACUCCAGCUCCUCAUUCUCCAACUCAAUUGGCUAAAAGAUUCUUCCUUCUUGCAAUAUCUUUUCGGGUUUCCUCAGUUGCUUCUCGGGUUUAAAGCUAUCCCGAGAAGUUGUUGGCAAACCCAAAAACAAAAGUGGAAAAAUUUUCUGUUGGACUAUCAUUAUUAUGGUAACUUCCGCCUUGUCCGUGACAAUGUUUUUGAGUUCUUGAUGCAAGAAUUAGAAAACUUGUUGAUGAGGUCGGUUCGACAUCAACUCUAAAAUUUUGUAUUUGCGGAAGCUUGUGUUAAAUACACCUCUCUAGUAUUUUAUAAGCUGUACUUCGAUUAAGAUUUGUCCAGUGAUCUGCAAUUUCCUAGUA